AUGAAGAAUCUCAGUGUCAAGGGUGCUAUUGCCCCUACUGCAGGUAAACGCUCAAAAUAUCUUUUUCCCGUAUCCACGCAGCAACUUUGUUUAACCGAUGUGAAACGCAGCACAAGCCAUAACCUUGAUCUUGCUGAGAAACUGGGCGAUAGUCAUGUUUUCAUGCCUCCUCUGCCAUCGGCAGCAGCAACUAAUAGCAAAGCAAUUGACUCUGAUGUCGUGCAAUAUAUUCUUCAGGAGUUUUCGCUAUUUUCAGGGGUUAAACACAUUACUCUGGAGUGGGGAAGGGCGCUUUCCAGGAUGAUUGAGUCUAAAUUAAAAAAACAGAAAAAUUAUCCACUUACGCCUUCAUUGCCGAAAAAAUCCCAUUGUGAUAUCGUGGAGAAUAAAACUUUGCACUUGGUAGCAGGCCCACAUAUAAAGCACAUUCUGAGAGAAAACGUGACGGAUCAAGAAGUUGAUGAGGUCUCCAAUGCUUCUCCCCGAAGGCUUUCCGAGCUUGUUGAUACAAAACCCACAAAAAAACCACGAUCUCGCUACCUAGAUAUCCUGCUUAAUGAAAGGGCCAUUGGAUUGUCCAACUGGAAUUUUCAAUUCCGAGAAAUAGUGCGCAGGGGCACAGUCCUUACUGAUCGGAUCAUUCGUAAGAAAACGGUCGAUUUGGUGCGUUUUCGAGCCAAGGAUACCUAUUUGGCCCCGGUUUUACCUCUCCAAAGUAUACCCAAAACAUCUGCUCGUUGGCUCUUUAGGAUGGACGUAGAGGAUAACACCGGUGCUGCCUCUUUUUCCUGGACUAAAUGGAUCGCACAACGGCUUCAAAGACGUCAAGUAAUAGCCAAGAAAAUUGUUGACUCAAGUAUUCGUUUUAGCAUUCCAGCAAAUUUAAAAGAACUCGAGGAAUUAAGUGUCAUCGAAUAUUUGGAUAAGUUUUGUGAAGUGGAGAAACAGAGAGUUGUGGUUUAUGAAGCUUUAUUCUCGAGGAUAAAACAGUUGGCAGUCGACAUGCCAGCACUGAAGCUGUCAGUCACACAGCUCAUGCAAGACACCUUAAAGAAAGACGAUUUGGACGAAUUCACCAGGCUCCUUGGUCUAACAGAAACUUAUUCAUUCAACUUAGCAACAUUUUGUAAGUGCGUGGGCCUGUGCGAACGCUUAUUCGCCCCAGUUUUUGAUGAAGCCGACGAAAGUGAGAAUCCAUUAGAUGACAUCGACAAAUGGAGUCUGCAGGCUGGACCACUGGAGCGUUUGGAUUUUUGGCUGUUGUCUCGGAGAAUCGCACACCUGAAUGUUGACCCAAAGCUUAGGCAACUGCUCGAGAAGCUUGAGGAAAAAGCGAAUUCCCAAACUAAGGAAUUCCCUUUUACUCCGACUGCCCACCACCUCUAUUCGACUCGAAUGCAGCUGUUUCGGAGAAAGAGGACCUCCAAGAACCAAAAGAAAGUGCAGAAACAGGGUACCACAUUUGGAUUCCACAGCCAACAAAUCUGA